CUCGAAGUAGUAGCGUCUGUAAACAAUAAACAAUAACACGCUGGAAUAACAUGCAAGAUGGAUGUAGCUGCACCUGUGAACAUGGAUGAAACUCUGGAACUGACCACAAAGAACAAAAUACAAACCUUUGUGUUCCUGGACACAGAGGCUACAGGUCUGGUUGGAGAUGAUACAAGAAUUUUGGAAUUGUCUUUGAUAGCUGUGUCAAGGGAGGAUUUACUGAGUAUGAAAGACAGCCAAAACCAAAAAGUCGACAGCCCAAAAGAUGAAGUUAACCAAACAAACGGCACAAAAACUUACUCAGCAGUACCAAAGCUACCCCGUGUCUUACAUAAAUAUACCAGACUCUAUUAUCCUCGAAAGCUGAUAACACCAAAGCUUGAAGAGAUCACAGGGCUCAGUAAUGAUAUGCUCCAUCACUUGCCAGGCUUUAGAGAUGCCAGUGCUGAGGCCCUAAAUCUCUUCCUGGAUCUCCCACAACCAGUGUCACUUGUAGCCCAUAAUGGCUCAAGGUAUGAUUUCCCAUUGCUGAAGGCAGAACUCAAUAAUGUCUCUGCAUUGGAAAAGUUUUGCGAUCUGCAGUGUGUGGAUACACUGACAGCCAUCAAGGACAUAGACAUAACCCAGCAAAGGGAGAGUGAACGACGGGAUAUUUUAGAGAUAACAGAGCUUGCAGAGUCAUUUGGGCUUGAAGAAAUGCAUGAUGAGCUAAUGGAGGUAGCCCCAAGCAGCAAGAGGUCUCGAUAUGAAAUCAAAGAGGAAGAAAGGUCCCAAGCAGUUAAUGGAACCCUCGAGUCAGCACCCAAUCAGGAAGCUAAUCAUCCAUUACUAGAAGUGUCACCUGAAGUGCCCAUCACCCCAGUAAAGGAUCACAUUCCAGGAAGAGGAACCAAAAUGCCAGCAACACCAGUGAAGCCUAAGGAGCCAAUGGAAUUACCCAUCACACCGGAACAACAGCCUAGAGUGUACCUCCCAGGAACACCAGGAUUCAGUCCUCAGGCAGGGAGCAGCACAAAGAAAGUCCGUCGCAGUCUGAAUUAUGGUGAGAACAACAAGAGAAAAUGGGAUGGGACAAAGCCUUAUACUCAGAGUAAUAUUUACAAGAGAUUAUUUGGCUGUACUUUUGAAGCUCACCGAGCUGAGAACGAUUGCCAAGCAUUACUGGAAAUUUGUGGUCACUAUGGGGAAAAGUUUGUUGAAUGGGCAGACACUUUUUAUGAGAGGUUUGUUGAAGUUAAACCCAUGUGGGUCAAAAGAAGAACAUUUCACUUCAGCUAAGACACUAAUGCCAGUUCAAAUCUUUGAUAGAUUGAUGAAAAUUAUUUUUUCUGUGUAUUCAGUUUUAUGUUAUU